AUGAAAAGACCACACGUAAAUCAAACAAACAAACAAACAUUAUGCAUCAACAUCAUAAUCAUUGUUAUUCGUUGUUGUAUUAGUUAUGAUACUACUACUACUACUACUACUACUACUACUACUACUACUACUACUACUACUACUACUACUACUACUACUACUACUACUACUACUACUACUACUACUACUACUACUACUACUACUACUACUACUACUACUACUACUACUACUACUACUACUACUACUACUACUACUACUACUACUACUACUACUACUACUACUACUACUACUACUACUACUACUACUACUACUACUACUACUACUACUACUACUACUACUACUACUACUACUACUACUACUACUACUACUACUACUACUACUACUACUACUACUACUACUACUACUACUACUACUACUACUACUACUACUACUACUACUACUACUACUACUACUACUACUACUACUACUACUACUACUACUACUACUACUACUACUACUACUACUACUACUACUACUACUACUACUACUACUACUACUACUACUACUACUACUACUACUACUACUACUACUACUACUACUACUACUACUACUACUACUACUACUACUACUACUACUACUACUACUACUACUACUACUACUACUACUACUACUACUACUACUACUACUACUACUACUACUACUACUACUACUACUACUACUACUACUACUACUACUACUACUACUACUACUACUACUACUACUACUACUACUACUACUACUACUACUACUACUACUACUACUACUACUACUACUACUACUACUACUACUACUACUACUACUACUACUACUACUACUACUACUACUACUACUACUACUACUACUACUACUACUACUACUACUACUACUACUACUACUACUACUACUACUACUACUACUACUACUACUACUACUACUACUACUACUACUACUACUACUACUACUACUACUACUACUACUACUACUACUACUACUACUACUACUACUACUACUACUACUACUACUACUACUACUACUACUACUACUACUACUACUACUACUACUACUACUACUACUACUACUACUACUACUACUACUACUACUACUACUACUACUACUACUACUACUACUACUACUACUACUACUACUACUACUACUACUACUACUACUACUACUACUACUACUACUACUACUACUACUACUACUACUACUACUACUACUACUACUACUACUACUACUACUACUACUACUACUACUACUACUACUACUACUACUACUACUACUACUACUACUACUACUACUACUACUACUACUACUACUACUACUACUACUACUACUACUACUACUACUACUACUACUACUACUACUACUACUACUACUACUACUACUACUACUACUACUACUACUACUACUACUACUACUACUACUACUACUACUACUACUACUACUACUACUACUACUACUACUACUACUACUACUACUACUACUACUACUACUACUACUACUACUACUACUACUACUACUACUACUACUACUACUACUACUACUACUACUACUACUACUACUACUACUACUACUACUACUACUACUACUACUACUACUACUACUACUACUACUACUACUACUACUACUACUACUACUACUACUACUACUACUACUACUACUACUACUACUACUACUACUACUACUACUACUACUACUACUACUACUACUACUACUACUAUUUUACUGAAAAAUGUAUAUUAUAUAUUGUAG